AUGCUGCUCAUCUUCUGGUUACUGCGGCACUACCGCAGAAUUCUGCCUGGCGGGAUGCGAUCCGAGGUCAUCCUUCUCUCCUUCCUCGUGCAGGGCCUUGCCUCGAUGCAAGCCACUCUCCAUCUCGUUCACCAAUAAAGCCAACCCUACCGUCGAGCUCGCUUCCUACAACGGCGACUCGAGCAGAGCCCCUUUGACCAUCGACAGCGGGGCCGUGCGGACCAGCAAGAGCGGUCUUUACGCUACGGUGGCACAGAAGGGCAAGGCCAAAGCAGGUACAACUCUCAGCACCACCGAGUACAUCCAGUAUGGAAGAGUCACUGCUACCUUGAGACAUGCCAAUAACAAAGGCAUUGUCGGCGCCUUCAUCCUCAUGAGUCCAACAGCGGAUGAGAUCGACUUUGAGAUUACCGGUGGUCAGUCUCGUCAAGUGCAGCUCAACAUGUUCGCCCAAGGCAAGGUAAGUCCAAUCCGACGAGACCGCAAGCCCAGGUGCAAACGCUGAUUUGUCAGCACUUCGAUACUGAGCAGGCUUUUAGUGGAGGUGACAGCAACAGCGCAACGAUCACUCAAGGACCAGAAUUUGACACAGCCGACUGGCAUGCAUACACUUUGGACUGGUCGCCCACGCGUAUCAUCUACUCUAUCGAUGGCGUCGAAGUUCGUACACUGAAGCGAUCCUCCUUCAAGAGCAAGAAAGAUGGCUACUACAAGUAUCCCGCCACACCGAUGCGAGCUCAAGUGUCGGUCUGGGACGCUAGUGACAUGGCCAAGGGCACCGUGGAGUGGGCCGGUGGUAGGGCCGACUACUCCAAGGCAGACUCGCACGGAACUUUUACCACUCAGAUCAGAUCGCUCACUGUAGAGUGCCACGAUCCAGAGUCGCUUGGUGCUGGCAGUGCUUACGGUUUCAGCAAGAGCAUCGAUGCCAAGUCGGGCGAGCUCAAGGUAGUUGCAACUAGCCGAAAGACGACCAUCUAG